GAAUGUUGGCAUCCUUGUACAUCCAUAUUUCAGUGUCAGGAUCACAGAGAAUAACCUCAAUUAUUAUUUACAUGUGUACAGUGUUUUGGUUAAGAUGUCUGUGUGGAAAAAUGCCCAAAAAUCGAACCAGAAGACUCAUCGGGAAAGACAUCAGCCCGAAGAAAGAAAACACUUAGGGCUUCUGGAAAAGAAGAAAGAUUAUCUGCUAAGAGCAAAGGAUUACAAUGAGAAGAAAGCGACUCUGAGGUUGUUGAAGAAAAGGGCCCUCGACAAGAACCCAGAUGAGUUCUAUCAUCAUAUGAUAAAUUCCAAAAUCGAAGAUGGAAAGCAUUUUGAGCUUGAGCAAGAAGAUGAAGAUACCAAGGAACAAGUGAAAUUAAUGCAGACACAGGAUCUCAAAUAUAUCACUUUCAAACGGACACAAGAGCAGAGGAAAAUAGAUAAGUUACAGUCCCAGCUUCACUUGACCAGUGUCAGUUUACAAGUUCAAAGAUCACACAAGGUGUUCCCUAAAAAUUUGGAAAGCGAAGAAAAGAAAGAGGAACCAGAUUAUUUGGCUACAACUUCUCUGCCUGAUGUUGAUAUCAAAGCAUUGACAUCAGCCACUGAAACUCAAAAGAGACUUUACAGGGAACUCUCGAAGCGUAUACAGCGUGAAAAGGAGCUGUCUGUCAUUCAGGAUAAAUUGGAAAUGAAACGGCACACAUCUAGCAAAGCACAUGUUUUGAAACCUAAGUUAAUUGAGAGAGGUACAAAAGAUACAGCUCCAGUGUGGAAAUGGAAGUAUGAAAGAAAGAAGUGAUUUUCUUUAAUAAAUGUAUUAUAUAUAAUAAAGUUUUAUUUUUUUUUAAUGUA